AUGCAGAUCACCAAGGUUUCCCUUUUCCUGUUCGCUGCCAUGGGUGCGAUUGCUAGUCCCAUUGAUGCCGAGUCCGACGGCCUCAAUGCUAGAGUUGAGAAUGCUGCCAACAUUGAGUACACAGGAAAAUGUGUUGCAAAGGACAACAAUUGUAGAUACGGAAUUGGUGGGAAGACACACCUUGUCAAGUGCCCUAGCGCCGCCAACACAAAGUGCGAGAAGGAUGGAAAUAAGUGCACGUAUGACUCCUACAACGGAAAAGUUAAGUGUGACUUCCGCCAUUGA